GCUGUAAUUUUUUUAAAAUAACUAUGUUAUAGUGCAGUUAAAAGUACAUUUAGUAGUGUUUUGAUACCUGUGUGUUUGUAAUAAAAACUUUGUGCAUUAAAAUGGGUUGUAACACAAGCUCCGAGUCGAAAACGAAAAAGGACGAGCAAGCACAGUCGCAGGACAAUACUAACAAUACUUCAGAAAACAAGCAGAAGGAAGACCAGGCGUCAGAAGAGCAAGCAGCAACAAAGAUACAAGCAGCGUUCAGAGGGCACAAGACGCGUAAAUCUAUGAGUAUGAAGACUGCAAAGAAAACCGAGCCCGAACCGGAGCCGACCAGGGCCGAACUCGAAGCCGAAUUCAGGGCUGAUGACAAAGAGCUGUGUAACGCUGCUACCAAAAUCCAGGCCUCGUUCCGCGGUCACCAGGCUCGCAAGCAGACGCAGGUCGAGAAAGACAAGGAGCAACAAGAUAAGGAGGACAUCGAGAAAAUAGAUCUCACCGAUCCUGAAUUGAACAAAGCAGCGACUAAAAUUCAGGCUUCGUUCCGCGGACACAAAGUUCGCAAAGAUGUCCCCAAUUAAUUCCAUUCCAAUCUUACACUUCGUAUGUACGAAUUUCAACUCUGCGUCUUUAAAAUAAAGUUUAAUUCACAUUGUAUCAUUACUUUCAUGUAAUCUUCUUCAGAUAUGCGUACAUAUAGAAGUUAUGUAAUAUUUAUUAGUUAUUGUACACCAGUAAGCAUUUUAAGUAUGUCAAUUUGUCUGUCUUUAGUCAAUUUUUAAUAUAUCCGUCGUCGCUCAUUUAUUUAAUUUCAACUUCGGUCCUUUUAACCAAAAAAAACAAUCGUAAAAGCUCUUCAAUUACUUUGAGUGCUGUGUAAAUGCAAAUAACCAUUCAAUUACAUUAAUUUUAACAUCUGAUGUUAAAAAAAACGUAGUAAUCGUUUUAUUCAUAGUUGAAAUCGUAAUAUACAAACAAGAUGACAAACAAGUCACAAGACAAACCUCUUGUCUUGACGCAUUCCAUUUACGCGUUUUAGUUUUAGAUGUCAAUAAACAGAUGGCGUUAUUGU